AUGCGUCGGCCUCGAAUCGCCCGCGCCCCCGCGACGCCGACGCGGCUCCCCGCCCCCCCUAGCGUCAGCCUGCCCGCCCUCCCGCCGGCCCACCGCCCCCGCUCCCCGUCGGCCUUCUUCCAGGGCUCGGGCCCGGCCCGCUGCUCGCGCCUGCGCGCAGGCCACAGAUCCUCCUCCGCGCGCGCCCUGCCCCCCACACGCCCUCGCUCGAACACACACUUCGCCUCUGUGACCCCGCCCCUCGCCGGCCAGCUGCGCCGGCGGCCCUCCCCCACCUCUUCUGGGAGGGUGGUGACCCCCCGACCCCCCACAAAGCACAACACCCCCCUCCCCAAGCAGAGGGGAGAAGCGCCCCAUUCCCCUUCAACCGCCCUCUGCGCGAGUCAGCCCGUCACAGUCGCACAACCUGAGGGCCGGGCGGCCUGGGCGAGGGCAGCCGUUGCCCGCCUCAAAGCGGGGUCUCCCGGGGUCAGGCUGCUGGGCCCGGCCGGCCAGACUGCCCAGGGCGAGGGGGCGCAGGGAAGAAGCGCCUUCCCGCCGGCUUCCCUCCCCUCACGCGCCCGCCGAUGGGCCGAGGCCGGCCUGCCCGCCAUCACCGGGCAGGCCCUGGCGCCCUCGCCGCGGGGCCAGUCCGCCCUCGGCUCGGGGGGCUCCUCGGUGCAGCAGCCCGGUCCCGCCUCACCCACUCCUCGCCGCUCCGAAGGGGCAGGAAACGGGAGUAGCAUGUCUGUCCUGGGCUCGGCUCCCCCGGGGGAGCUCCGGGCUCUUGACAAGGGAGUCCACAGGAUUAUUGUGGAGUCAAAUGGACUAAUGAGCAGCUUCCUAUGGAAGCUGGAAGAUAAUAUAUUUAGAAAGGAUUGGGACUUCCCUGGUGGCGCAGUGGUUAAGAAUCCGCCUGCCAGUGCAGGCGACAUGAGUUCGAGCCCUGGUCCGGGAAGAUCCCACAUGCCGCGGAGCAACUAAGCCCAUGUGCCACAACUACUGAGCCUGCACUCUAGAGCCCGCGAGCCACAACUAUUGAGCCCGCAUGCCACAACUACUGAAGCCCGCACGCCUAGAGCCUGUGCUCCACAGCAAGAGAAGCCACCGCAGCGAGAAGCCCGGGUACUGCAAUGAAGAGUAGCCCCCACUCGCCACAACUAGAGAAAGCCCACACGCAACAACGAAGACACAACGCAGCCAAACAAUAAAGAAAUAAAUUUAUAUAUAUAUAAGA